AUGGAGUAUAGCGAGGAAUCAGUUACUUCUUUAGAUACCAGAGUAGUGAAAGAAGGGAAUAAACUGGUGUUUGAUCUAUACAACAAAGAAACAGAUAGAAACACACUGCUUAGCUAUGAGAGCUUUCAUCCCAGAGGGCUAGUCAAUUCUCUACCAAAAAGCCAAUUAUUAAGGGUGGAUAGAAUAGUAACUGACAUCAACACCAAGGAGUUAAGAAUGAAAGAAAUGCAACAGAAAUUCCUUAAUAGGGGCUAUCCUAAAGAUCUGAUUAGCAAGCAAACGUUAAGUGUUAAGGAGAGUAAACCCAUUAAAAAGAAGGGUAAACCAGACGAUAGACUAGUCUUGGUCACACAGUUUAAUCCCAAUAGUCAGGAAAUCUCACGUAUAGUAAAAAGACAUUGGCACAUUCUGAAAGAAUGUAAUAAGGAUAUGGAAGUUUUCAAUAAUCCCCCACUAAUGGCAUAUAAGAGAGUGAAAAAUCUUAGAGAUCAGCUAACUAGUACAGAUGUAGGGUCAAAGAAGAAAGAGAGGCAGGUAUUUCUGAAUAAAAAGAAUUUGGGAUGCUUUCCCUGUUUAGGCUGUCCAGGUCCUGGACGUUACCAGCUCCCACCUACUGUGGGUUUUGUGGGCCACGAUUACACCAAAUUCUCCAGCCCAGCGUAUUCCAUCCAUGGGAGCCAUUCUGACCAUCAGAAGGAUUGCAGCCCUGGGCCUAGAUAUUAUGUAGACCCAAGUCUUACACGUUUUGGCCGCAGUGCUGGACCUGCCUAUUCCAUGUUGGCUAGAGGGAAACCUGAAGAUAAGAAAAUAGUGACUCCUGCACCUGGAAUUUACAGCCCUGAGAAAUGCUUAAUCCCCACACACCCCAGGGCCCCAUCUUUCUCAAUAGGCUCUCGUACACGGUAUCGCACAUUGGAUCAGGUUCCUGCUCCCAACAAGUACACACUGCCUUCGUUGAUAGGACCAAGGGUUCCAGGAAAAUCCUCUAACCCUGCCUGUAGUCUUGCAGGGCGAACCCAGCAUGGAGGGCAUGCCGAGGAUUUGGCUCAAACUCCUGGCCCAGCUCACUAUCAAUCACCUGAAACCAGUAGCUACUUACGGAGGGGACCGGCUUUCUCAAUGCUGGGGAGACAUCCAGCCAAAGCUAUGAAUGGAGAAGUCAUUGUACCAGGGCCAGGCUCCUACUGCCCUGAAAAGGUGGCAAAUCAUAGAAACCGAGCUCCUGCUUAUUCAAUGGGUAUCAGACACUCAGAAUACGUUACCCCCCUUAUUAUUAAUGUGUCAGACUGAUUUAUCUCUUCCUAUACCACUAUCUUCCACCUACUCUACAUUCUCUACUUCUCUUCCUGCACACUAAUAGCUGUUACUUAAGCUUUUGUGCAGCAGACAAGAAGAUCCUCAUGAGAAAUACUCAUAGUUUGUCAAUAAAGCUUAUUAUUGUUAA